AAGGGCGGCCCUCCCGCUGCCUUGGUUGCGCAGAGCGUCACAGGGUCUGUGGGGGGCUGUCUGGCUACAGUGUGUGGAGCCUUAGCUGCCGGUCCUCCCAGGUUCCCGGGGCCAUUGUCCGUCCUGGGUCACGAUCCUCCCCGUUCUGUCUCCCCCUGACGUUCGGAUCUCGUGUCCCCCGUGGUCCGCGGGCUGCCGUGCUCGGCCUUCUGAUGUUCUGGAAAGCACAGCCGCGUGUGUAGGGGAGGGACAGAGACCUCCAGUAGCCUGUGUUCAGGGCCGAGACUACGUCUCAUCCCCUGGGGCCCGCCCCAUCACGUCCCACCGUGGCGGCCUCUCCUCUGCUCCGUGGAUGGGGACGUCGUGAACAGUGUCUUAACUCACGGGACAAAGCCGAGAAGUAAGGCAGUUGCUCCGAGGAAGAGGAACAAGUGGGAAAUCUGCAACGUGGAAAGUUUCCUUCAUGGCCUCUUCUGAGUACUCGGUGCCAGCUGGGUAUUUGAGUGCCUCUUCCGCUGCUCGUCAGGGGGCUCAGGAGGAAGCUGGCUGGCUGGCUGCUGUGGCCGGGGCCAUGACCCGGGGACACCGGGAAGGACCUGGGUCCCCAGGGCCCAGGAGGUCUCUAAAGGCGUUUCUGAUGACUCAGAGAGGUACGUCCGGACUGCCUGCUGCUGGUCCUCCCGCGGCGCCCAGCCCCCGAGAGCAAGAUCCGAGGAGCACGGGGGUCCUCAUCCCCCCUGCCUCCAUGGAGCGCCAGUCGAACAUUCUGGAAACAACUGGUGAAGCGCCAUUAAGUGUGGUCAGCGGGAGAACAGGGGCUGCUUCAGAUCCAGGCGACAGUGCCAACAGAAACAACCGGGAACCUUCCGUUACAAUCUCCAGCUCCUGGAGCAGCCGUGGCCCGCGCCCCUGUCGCCAACGGAUGUGUGUGGCUGGGAAAGUGAGCAGUGCCUUCUGUGGUCUUCCCCAGUGCACCCGCCCUGUGGUGGGCUCCUGCAGUGUGACAGUGGGGACCCCCUCCUGCACCACGGGACGGCAGCGCUCUGCAGAGGACGUGGCCCCGGACCUGCUUCCAGGGACUGACGUCACGUCGGCCGCUGUCGCGAUGGGGGCCCUGGUCGGGGCGCGUGCAUCCACUGAAACCAGCGCCCCGAUUUCACAUUCUCCCACCUUGCCCAGAAGCUGCCUCGGCCACGAUGGCUUGGUGUCCUGGCCUCGUCCCAAGCAGCUCUGUCCCCUUGCUCAGUGUCUCCCUGGGGCCAUCUCCGUGCAAGGUCCUGCCGACGCAGUUGAUCCUGCCGUUCAUUGCUUCCCAGAAGCUGACACUUGGGCCCCUCCGAGUCUGGGGUUUCGGGUCCAGGUGGCUUCCGAUGCGAGUCUGUGUCUGCUCCUGGAUUUCGGGGACGGCUGUGGAGUUCAAGUGAGGAUCCAUGACGUGUCCGAGGGAACGGCGGUCACCGCCUUCCACCAGUUUGGGAAAGAAGGAGUCCAUAUGCUCAAGGCAGUUAUUCACAGUGAGUUCUGUGGAACUGAAAAGGAGCUUGGCCCCUAUUAUGUGGACAUCGGCCCUGCGACCGUGUCCGUGUCCAUGAACUCCAGCAGCAUCCACAAGGACGGGCUUCUUGUCCUCACGGACUCCCGCACGGAUCAGAAAGGCACUGUCGUCACACAUCGUUUUCCAACUGGGCCCUCGUGGAACGUGUCCUUCACUUCUCGGACACGAGUGGGCGGCGGCCAGGCGUGGAAACCCGUGACUGUUCGGUUCCAGAUGCAGCCCGUCUCUGUCUACACUAACGGAACCGUGUUUGCCACCGACACCGACAUCACCUUUCUGGCUGUGACCAAGGAGACGGUCCCCCUGGAGUUCCUGUGGUAUUUCGGAGAAGGCCCACCCGUGAGGACAACUUCCAGGAGCAUUAGGAAAAGACUCCGCAUCCCCCAGUGGUACAGCGUGACGGUGCAGGCUUCCAGCAGGCUGGGCAGGGUGGCCUCGGAGCCCCACCGCAUCAGGGCGCAGAGGAGAAUCGUCGCCAAUCGGCUCGCGUCCCCGUCCUCGGCUCUGCUCAACACCAGCGUGACCUUUGAGUGCAGACUCAACUUUGGCAGCGACGUCGCUUUCCUGUGGGACUUUGGGGACGGCGCCGUGGGCCCGGGGGGCAGCUCUGCCAGCCACAGCUACAGCAGGGAAGGGGAGUUUACCGUCCAGGUCCUCGCCUUCAACGAUGUCAGCACCGCCUCCCUGAGAAAGCAACUUUUCGUCGUGCGUGAGCCCUGCCAGCCGCCCCCGGUGAAGAACAUGGGGCCGGGCAAGGUGCAGGUAUGGAGAUCUCAGCCCGUGAACCUGGGUGUGACAUUCGAGUCUGCGAUCCUCUGUGACAUCUCCCAAGGCCUCUCCUACACCUGGACCUUCUGGAACUCCGAGGGGGCACGGGUGCCCCUGCCCCCUGCUGUCAGCACUCACGGGCAGACCCUCACUGUCCCCGGCUACUUCCUGCAGCCCGGGAACUACACCGCGCUUGCCAAGGUUCAGGUGGAAGGCAGCGUCGUGCACAGCAGCUACCGUGUGGGGGUGGAGGUGCGAGCCCGGGCCCCCGUGAGCGUCAUCUCCGAGGGCACGCACCUGUUCAUCUCCAGAGCCCCCUCGUUCAUCGUCGUCCUCAGGGGAUCCCAGUCCUAUGACCCAGACAGUCCUGGGGCCGUUCUCAGGUAUCACUGGAAGUGCACCGCGGCCAGCGCCCCUGGGCACCCCUGCUUCUCUGCCUCCUCCCCACGCAGCCUGGACGCCGGGGCUCCCACCCUUUCCUUUCCUGCGGACUCUCUGAGCGACAGCUAUGACCAGUUUCUUGUGACACUGAUGGUGUCCAGCGGUGGCCGGAACUCUUCAGAGGCACAGGUGUUCCUGUCCCCUCGCCCCAACUCGGCACUCAGAUUCGUCCACAUCUCCUGGGUCAACUUUAGAGACGUCUUUGUUAACUGGAACGAGGAACUUUGUCUUCAGGCUGAGUGUGAAGUCUGUGGCCAAGUGUCCGGGCUGUCCUACUCCUGGGACCUCUUCCUGGUCAACGCAACAGAAGGGACUAGUGUGGAAGUUCCCUUUUGUAGGACGGUGGGGCUGCUGGGCUCUGCCGGGCUGGGGGCCGUUUCCAGGCCACCAGAGUCCAGUCCACCGUCCACGGAGCCGAGCUGGCCGGAGUGCCACACAACGGGAGCGCCGUUCUCACAGGAGCCGCCACAGACCCGGGGCCAGCCCGGCCUUUCAGCCGCGGGGAAACCCUCCUCAGGGCCCAUGGUCAGCCGACACUGGGUUCCUGCCACGGGUGAUGCUGCGGCCCUGGGAGUGACUCCCCAGGACCAGGGCUCUCCAGGACCCAGCUCCCCUGGAGGAAGUUCGCCCUCCCAGGGACUGUCCCCUUCCCCCUCUGAUUUUGAAGCCUAUUACGGCAAUAUCCAAGAAGCAGAGCUGUCCAGAGGGAGACAGCCCGCUGACUGGCCCAACCCCAGCCUCCCAGGAUCAGAUCCGAGUUCCAGUGCCAACAGGGACCGUGGUGACGGGGACAACCUGCUGGGCCCCUUGCCCCCCACAGCUGCUGCUGGUCCCCCUCUCAUGGUUGACUGGCCCAAGUCCCCGGUGGGCCGCACACUCUUCCACAGAUACACCGCCUCCGGUAUCACGGGACAGACUGUGACAAUCAAGCCAUUCGCACUGAGCCCUGGGAAGACCUACGUCCUGCAAGCCUCUGUGGCCUCCAAGCACGGCUUCCUGGGGCGAGCUCAGCUUUACGUGACGCUCAGGCCAGCUCCGUGGGCCGUGACCUGUCAAGUGCAGCCACAUCGUGGCCUCGAGGCACACACCGUCUUCAGCAUCUUCUGCAUGUCAGGGAGACCGGACUUCCAUUACAAAUUCAGUUACCGGAUAGGAAACGGGUCCAGACACACUUUGUACCGCGGGACAGACACCCAGUACUACUUUGCGCUGCCCGCGGGCGAGCCCUUGGAUGACUAUAAAGUCAUGCUGUCCACCGAGAUCACAGAUGGCUCGGGCUCCCGGGUACAGCCGUGUGCCGUGGCGGUGACUGUGCUGCCCUGUCUCCACGGGGGUCUCUGCCUGGACGAGGACAUAUAUAAUUCCAGCCUGAAGCACCUGUCCACCCUCCGGCUGAUGCGCAGUUACGCAGAAAUCAGGAACUACAUCACCAUGAUCGCCAGGAUCCUGAGUCGCUGGGCUGCGGAGGACAGAAGUCCCCCGUGCGGCCAGUGGUCACGAAUACAGGAUGCGCUGAUUUCUUCCGCAUGCAGACUGCCUUCCGCAGAUCAGGAGGAAAUGCUUGAUUCUGUUCUCCUGUUCAGGGACCUCCUGCGCUUCCCUCACAAGGUAAGCUUUAUGAGUGCAGCUCUCGUCCUGAAGUCCACCCAGGCGCUCCUGGCUCAGAGCCUGCUCUCGGGGAGGCCCGCGGUGGCCAAGGGCACGAUGCUGGAGCUUAUGCUGCUGGUGUCUGCCAUCUGGGAAGUGUCUGACCAGGAGACCCCGAGGAACGUGGGCUUCCUCCAAGAAGAGGGCAUUAAGGUCAUCUCGGCCCUCUUGUUGGAAGGUCUCUCUGCAGCCAAGGAGCGUCAGCUCUGUGUCAGCGCUGGGCAGAUGGAGUUCUGCACGCUUCUUCAUCACGACCAUCAGGGCGCUGUACAGAGCCUGGGCCCUGUGCGCGUGCAUUUACCUGGUGGCCUGGCCGGACAGAGGCCUGCAGUGGCGGGGAUGCAAAGCCUGUGUUACAUUAGCCAGCUCAUGCUCUUCAAGAAGAACCCGUAUCCGGGGCGACGAGCUCCCGGCCAGAUUGGCUCGCUUGUCGCCCUGUCCCUGUUCACCUGCUCUGGCAGAAGGCCCAUCAGCAGGCAGCGGCUGAGGGAGCCUGUGGUCGUGGAGUUCGGGGAGGAAGACGGCCUGGGUGAGAGGAGAAACAGGACGACCUUUGCGUUGCUUCGGGAGACAGUGAAUUUUCAUCGGUUCACCGGGCGUUCCGAAAGCCCCCAGGAGUCUCUGCAGAUAAGGAUAGAAUUCUCUAGGCCUGUUUCAAGAGCGUUCCCGGUCAUGGUGCUGGUAAGGUUCUCUGAGAAACCUACUCCUUCCGAUUUUCUCGUGAAAAAGGUCUAUGUCUGGGAUGAGCCCAUGGUACACGUGUAUGUCCCUGCCACUUCUCUGAGAGACACAAGCUUGGGAUACUUAUCCUUACUGGAUGCUGACUAUGACAGAAGCCCUCGGAACAAGUAUUUCGCCAAGGCCGUCAACUACACUGUGCGUUUCCAGUGGCUCCAAUGCGUCUUCUGGGAAACGAGGGAAUGGAGGUCUGCAAACUCCUCUCCGCAGCCAGGAGCUUCUCCAGGGAAAGUGAGCUGCAGCUACGAUCGCCUCGCACCGGUCUCUGUCGCAAGAAGAAACCUGAGUGCCGGCUUUUCAGUGGAGGGCGUUUCCAAGCUGCAGAGACACCCGGGAAACCUGCUUCCCAGUAUUUUGAUUGCGGUUUCUGUGGUUCUCUAUGCACUUUUGGUUACCAAAACCAGGCGUGUGGAUCGUCACGAGAGAGAGAAGGCGGGGUACAUUUUCCUGCAAGAAGACACUCCAGCCGACCACCAGCUGUACGCGGUUGUUGUAGACACAGGCUUCCGGGCUCCAGCCCACUGUAGCGCCAAGGUUUACAUUGUUUUGUGUGGAGAAAAUGGAGUUUCAGAACCCAGAGAACUCUACUGUCCAGAGAAGCCCCUGUUUGAAAGGAACUCCAGACAUACCUUUGUCCUGAGCACCCCGGCUCUGCUGGGCCCGCUCCGCAGGAUCCGCCUCUGGCACGACAGCCGCGGGCCCUGCCCCGCCUGGUACGUGAGCCACCUCAUGGUGCAGGAGCUGGGCACCGGGCCUGCGCGGCGCUGGCUCUUUCCCGCCGAGUGCUGGCUGGCGGCGGGCCGGGGGGACGGCCACGUGCAGCGGGAGCUGGGCUGCCUUCGCCGGGGACCCGGCUUCUGGAAGCUCUUGUAUUCGAAGUUCACGGAGUAUCUGGAAGACUUCCACGUCUGGACCUCCGUGUACAGCCGGCCCUCACCCAGUGGCUUCCUGCGCACCCCGCGCCUCACCGUCGCCUUCACCUUGCUGUGCGCGUACGCGUGUCUCGCUGCCCUGGUCACCGCCUCGAGGCAAGAGCGGCUCCCGUGGGCUCUGGGCGCCCCCGACGCGGCCUAUGGGUCCUUCCAGACGGGUCUCCUGUGCACCCUGCUGGUGUCUCCCGCGGCUCAGCUCUUGUCGCUGCUCUUGAGGCUCGGCCAGGAGCCCAGCGGGCCACGCCGAGUGAAGCCCCGCCUGCCCCCGAGGAGGGCGCCCAUGGGGGCAGCACAGGGCCCUAACUCCCAUGGCAGGACACCAGAGGCUCGGAAGAUACACAAGCGUAACACUCUCCCUGGGUGCGCCGGGGCCCACAGAAGGGCGGCAGGCGGUGACGGUGCAGGCGGUCCGACCCCGGAGCUGGAGGCCUGCGGAGCUGACCCCCGCCAGCGGGCCGAGGGGGAGGAGGGGGCACAAGUCCCCACCAGUGGGUCUGGACGACUUGCUGUGCUCCAGUGGCCGAGGGCACCACCGCCUUGGUCAGGCUUCGCAGCGUGGGCCACUUGCUGGAUGGUGUCUGUGGCCUGUGGCUUGGGGACGGCAUUUCUGGGGUACAGGUUUAACCCAACACAAUGCGCACAGUGGCUGCACCUGCUGACCCUGUCCGUGCUGUGCUGUGUUUUUGUCACCCAGCCACUUCUGGUCGGCCUCGUGGCCUUGGGCUUUGCCUGGAGAAAGAGAGACGACCCACAUUUCUUCACCGAGUCUCUGCGUGGGGCUACCAAGGACCUGGGCUCUGAGCUGGAAGAACGUGUAAGGUCCCCCAUGGCCCACCGUGCAAGCCAGAUGGAGGAGAUGGUGGCUGCCCGACAGCGAGCACGCCGCCUGCGCUGGGCACGUCCACCGUCCGCGGCCCAGCUCAGCGUCACCAGGGAGAGGAUGAGGAGAGAGACCCGGACGCGGGUGGCCCUGAGAGACGUUUGCAUGUACACCCUCAUGCUGCUCCUGCAUUGGCUUGUACUGUGUGGGAAAGUCUCCCAGGAUGAAUAUUCCCUCAAUCAAGCUAUCCGGAAUGAGUUUACAAGGAAUGCCAGGAGCUCCUCCGGCGGCCUGACAAGUGUGGGGGCCUGGUGGGACUGGAGUCUGACCACGCUGCUAGAUGGCCUGCAUGGGCGAGGCGCCCACACAGCCGGCGUGCCACGUGCUCAGCCCGGAGCCCUUGGCGGGAAGUGCUACCUCAUGGGCGCUUUGGUCAUUAAACAGCUGAGAACUUCCUCUGACAGCGAGUGCGAGCUUCCCAGCCAACCUUCAGUGCUUACUGAAGACUCUCCUCCUACAUGUAGCCCCCAAGUGGGAGCCACGGACACCAGCUCUGUGACAGAUCCAGCCAUCCAGGGAGUGGCUGCAAGUGGCCCCGGGGACUACGGGGCGAGGGAGCACUGGGUGCUCAGCCUGGGCAGCACAAGGGCGGCGGCCCACGCGGCCCUGAGCGGCCUCAGGGCCAGCAGGUGGAUAGACUGCAGCACCAGAGCCGUGUCCGUGCACUUCACUCUCUAUAACCCUCCGACUCGACUCUUGUCCAGCGUGUCCCUGCGCGCCGAACUGCUCCCUGCAGGGGGCCUGGCCCUCUCCCCGCUGGUGGAGUCGGUGGCCGUCUUCCACAGCGACUCGUCCCGGUGGUACCGCCUCACGCUUCCUGAGCUGGUCUUCCUGGCGCUCAACCUGAUCGGCCUGUGUCUGCAUCUCUCCGGCAUGGCUGAGACGGGCGUCCGCAGCUACUGGCACAGCCCGGGGCGCUGGCUGGAGCUCACCGUGGUUGGAGCCGGCCUCGCCUACCACGCAGCCUCCAGCCACCUGGUCACUCUCACCGGGGAGGUGGCCGACCACUUCCAAAAGGGACUUUUCCACGAGUUUCUAGACCUCAGUCUUGUGACUUCAUGGAAUCAGAGGGUGUCGUGGCUGCAGGGGACCCUGUCAUUCGUCCUGACGCUGAAGUGCAUCUGCCUUGUUGGUGUCCAGACACCGGUGGCGUCCUGCUCCUUCCUGACACGCCGCUCUUUCGCUGGCGUCUUCGCGGCAGGGCUGGCGGGCGUCCUGAUGCUAGCAGCCCACUCCCACCUGUGCGCAGCACCGCCUGGCACCUUCACGGACGUCUCCCGAGGCCUGCCAUUCCGUUUUCCAGGAAGACACCAAAGAGACACGUUCCCCGGUCUUUCCAAGACUGACCCGUGGGCCCCGGCUUGGUGCUGUGGGGCUUUCUUUAUAGUAACGAGCACCGUGUGGUUGGGAAUGCUGAGAGGUUCCCUCAUGACUCUUGUUCGAAAAAGAAAAUCUUUCCAAAGCAAAUCCCUUGUGAGUCUAGAAGACGUGACUGCGUGCGUGUGGGGACAGUGCCUGGCCUUGCUGGGACUGGAGCGGCCACAGGGGGAAGAGGCUGAGACGGUCGAAAGUCAGCAUUACUACCUGGAUGAGGUCUCAGAUCUGCUAGAGGAACUUCUGUUGAAGAUUAAUGGCUUGUCUGACAGCCUGCGACUUCCUCUUCCAGAGCAGCAAUCCUGUGAUGAGACAGAGGCCAGGGCAGAAGGUGGUCCCUUGGGGAGCAUUUCUGCCUAACAAGCCACUGGGAUGUGUGCUAGAGCAGCACCGGAGACACUUGGAUAUAAACCAGGACUUCUGUGUUGCUAUGAAAACAUCAUUUAUUUACUUGAACCAAACGAUCUCAUAGUGGGAGCCAAGAAGGUUGAAUUCCUCAAGACUAAACUUCACCAUCAGCCGCCUUCCUUCUCGAGAAGUUUCUGUGUUAGCUUGGAGUCUUUCAAACUACAGUUAUUUCCCAAAAUAAUAAGUAAAAUACUGCACCUGUUUGCCAGGGUGGCUGCAGCAAAGUCCCAGAAACACAAGUGUAUCAUGUAAUAGCGUGGGAGUCCUGGAAUCUGAGAUGGGGGUGUCACUGGGUCCAAAUUCCCUGUUUUAUAAGGACACAGUCACCUUGGGUCAGGCCCCACCCUCGUGACCUCGUCUUUUUCUUUUUAGGUUUAUUUAUUUACUUUUGAGAGAGAGAGUGGGAGGGAGAAUGCCAAGCAGGCCCCAUGCUGUCAGCACAGAGCCCAAUGCCAAGCUCGAACCCACGAACUGCGAGAUCAUGACCUGAGCUGAGAUCAAGAGUCAGACGCUUACCCAACUGAGCCACCCAGGCUCCCCCCGUCAUGACAUCAUCUAAUGCGAUCAUCUUCAGAGGGAGGUCACAUUUGCGGGCACUGGAAUUGGCACCCCACCUUUUGGUGGGGGACCCAUCACGAAGACCUUUAAGCAACUGUAGAUAUUCAAAGACAAGGGUUAUAUCAUUUUAGUUAAUUUCAACUUUUUGUGAAAUUUAAUCCCACUGAUGUGACGAAAGAAAAACCAAAUCCUCAAAAACUUCACAAACUUCUUUUUUCCUCGGCAUAGAUUCUCCUGUGGGGAGGCCUCACAGGACAGGUGUUUACAUAUUGGGACAUGUUGAUGAUCAUAAAAACCAUAGAAUAAAUGAAUCAUCUGAGUUCUUUGGCUCUGAAGAAAAUCAGGCAAUAAGCAAAAAUGAAUUCUUUAAAAUAGGAGCACGAGUGGGCCUCUCCUUAAAACCACUUGGGUAUACUGGGGCACCUGGGUGGCUCAGUCGGUUGAGCGUCCAACUUCAGCUCAGGUCAUGAUCUCGCGGUCCAUGAGUUCGAGCCCCACGUCGGGCUCUGUGCUGACAGCUCAGAGCCCAGAGCUGCUUUGAAUUCUGUAUCUUCCUCUCUCUCUGCCCCUCCCCUGCUCAUGCUCAGUCUCUCUCUCUCUCUCUCAAAAAUAAAUAAACAUUGAAAAAAAAACACCACACGGGUGUCUGUGCUCCUCACCAUGAGUAAGGACUCAGCCCAUUCCCCAUUGGCUUGGAAAUGAGCGUCUACCGUGGUAGAUUCUAGUGCGGAAGUUCACAGGGGUUCUUACCACUCGUGACGUGUCCUGAGGAGCUCUUCCCGCAUUGUGACAUCCAGGGGCGAAGCAGGUAGUUUGCAGUGGGACCAAGGGGAGAGGAAGAGCAGGGUCUAGAGCCUCCCUGGCUGGCAUCCCCUGGGUCUUUCUCGGAUGGAAGAGGAAGUGUCUUAAUUACAGCAAGCGCCGUGAGUGUGCCCGACCCAAGAACAUCACCACUCGCUGCCCCCGUGUGGGAAUUUAUUGGACAUUCAGAAUGAAGGUAAAUGUAGGGGGCGCCUGGGUGGCUCGGUCCAUUGAGUGUCUAACUCUUGAUUUGGGCUUAGGUAGUGAUUCCAGGGUUGUGGGUUCGAGUCCCGUGUCAGGCUCCACGCUGAGCACAGAGCCUGCUUGGGAUUCUCUCUCUCCCUCUGCCCCUCUCCCAUUUGCACUCUCUCCCUCUCUCUCAAAAUAAAUAAACUUAAAAAAAAUAAAGUAAAUGUGGAAGGAAGCUGUGGAAAUCUCUGGGACUGGGAGCCCUGUUGUAGGGCUGACCACCGUCACCCUGAUGGCUCCCGCUACUGUGGAUUGUCUGUGUAACAGAACUGGCUAAAAAGCACUAAAACACAGGCUUUGGCCUCAGAAAGGUAGAGGCCUUAGGAAAGCUUUCUCUGCAGUAAGCCGAGCUGAAUCAUUUUCCAGAGACCUGUGCUGGCCAGGGACUCCUUCCUAACUUACUACAUUUCCUUGUGACUGUCUUCCUGGCCCUGUUGUCAGGCCAGGAGCAAGGAAAAGUGAUCAUCAAAUUUCAGGAAUGUGAGCUGACCUUGGAGCGACCUCAGCAUGCCCAGUGCCCUGCAGAUGGUGAGCACUUUUCCUUCCCGAAAGCUGCGGAUGAUGAAAUUCAUAAUCCUCGCAGGUGGCUGAUUUCUUGGAUGCUGGGUCAGCGGACAGGGAUGGCCAUGCCAGUAGGGGGUAGUCAGAAUGGUGUGGGGGGCAGAGGGACAGACACACAGACCAUGGAAAUAGAGCAGAGAACCCAGAAAUAGAGCCACGCAAACAGACCCAACCAACUUUUGACAGAAGUGCAAAAUAAUUCAGUGGGGGGUAAACAGCCUUUUCAGCAGUGGUGCUGGUAUGAUUGGACAUCCAGAAGCAAGAAAAAAAGAGAGAGAAAUAGUGCUUGAAGUCACUCACACCUUAGACAAUAAUUAACUUGAAAUGGGUCUUAAAUGGAAAAUACGAAACUGUAACAUUUUUGAAAAGAGAAAAAGCAAAGAAGCAAAUCAGCCUGAUCUGUAAGAGCAAAAUGAAAAGCUUUGUUCCAUGAGCGAUCCUGUGAAGAGGAUGAAUGCCUGCAAACUGCACGUCCAACAAAGGACUAGUAUUUGAAUAUAUAAAGAAUUCUCAGAACACAACAGUAAAUUACAAAUAACCCCAUUAGAAAAUGGACCAAACCAGGAACGGACAUCUCACAGAAGGGAAUGUUCAGGAACUCAGGAGAAGAUGUGAGUGUCAGUGGCCACCAGCGGGAUGCAGAGCGAGACCACAGUGAGGUGUCACUCCGCACCCAUAAGAAAGGCUCAGAUCCAAGUAGUGACACUUAAUGGGGCCGUGGAUGCAGAGACCUGGCCUCUCAUCCAUCGCUGGUGGGCAUGUAAGUGGCACAGCCCCUCUGUGAAACAAGCAAUGUCUUAUAAAAUGAUACACGAAAACUUACAAUCUGGAAAUGGUACCAAAAUGAUACAGAAAAAUGGAGACUGGCAUUCACCCAAAACUCUGUGUAUGCACGUUCCCAGCAGCUUUGUUUUAAAUAGCCCUACGGGAAACCUCCCGGUAUCUAUUCACUGACUGACCAGCUAAACUGCAGGGGCAUUGCCUGCUGUGGAAUACUAUGCAGCAAUGAAGAGGACCGUUAUCCAUGUAUGCAGCAACCUGAGUGAGUCUCCAGGGAAUUAUACCCAGUGCAAGAGCCAUGCUCAAAGGUUACAUAUUCUAUGCUUCUGUUCAAACAUGCUUUAAAUGGCAACAUCAUAGGGAUGGACCACAGCAGAUCCGGACGAGCAGGGGGCACACAGUGCAGCAGGAAUAGGGCAGCAGGAAGGACCCAGGGGGUGAAACGUUCAGUAUCUUGACUGUACAGAUGUAACAUCCAGGUUGAGAUCGUCCUGUGGUUGAGCAAGAUGCUGUCAUUGAGGAAAGCCGGGUAGAACGUACGUGGGGUCUCUACACGUUUUUACAAUUGCACAUGUAUCUACAAUUCUCUCAAAAGUAAAAAAAAAAAAAAUUUUAAAUAAGGUUAUCAAAACACACAAAACUAACGUAAAUGAAAAUGAUGCUUUAAAACUAAUAGAAAAUGUCGUGCUUUUUCUAGCAGACAAGAGAGUGACCCCCAUCAGAAAUGCGCAUUACAUCCCAAGUUGCUUCCAGCACCUCCUUCCUCUGGCCCGGCCCAUGGUUUAUCCUGUGCCUCAGUUAUCUUUUCAGGGAAAAAGUUCCAGAGCACAAAGGUGUCUGACACCCUCCAGGGGGUGGCCAUCCUGCGCGCUCUGAUUUCUGCCUGAUGAGAUCCAGCCCCAUCUUGGGCCCCACAUCAUCUGUUUCCGCCACUUUCUGUUGUACCAUGACGCAGAUGGUAGGGGGGACGCUGCGCCAUGGUGGAGUCUGUAGAGUCAGUCAUUCUUGGAAGCUCAAAAAUUCAGGAUUAUUUGGGAUCAGAGUAAUAUGUUUGUGUCAGUAACCAGAUACCUCCAGGGAGAACACCGGCAGGAAAUGUGGGUGGAAGAGAGAUCAGAGAAUCGGCUGGACCCGAGAGGGAUUCAGAAGGUCUGCCUGAAGCCGGAACGCCCCUCGCUGAUGUCACAGCCCAGCCAGCUGACAGCCUGCUCCCAAGAAAGCAACACAUAUCCGCAGAUUUUAGCCACAAAAGGCUCCCGGCACCUGAACAGCAUCAUACCCCAAACCAAAACAGACAAAGGAAAGCGAGUCUGCCCAGGACCACGGAAUUCGCUGUCCACGGGCACUGCUGCAUAACUUUGACUCUGCCCACUUGACCAGAUGUGCAGCCGGCUGCUUCAUGGCAGGACAUCUGUCAGCGGUGUCCAAUAUCUCCUACUUCUGGACCCACAUUUGCUGCCCUCACCUAAGAAAUAAAUGGAAAUCUUUGCGGUGCUGGGCAGGGCCGACGGUGAACUUGAGGCCUGCUUUAGACCAGAUAAGUUAUUUAACUGAGUUAAGGCUGUGAGAUUCUCUGCGGGACAAGUGUCCUGAUUUAAUUACUGCUAGAACAGCUUGUUAGCUUAUCUCGUGUUUAAAAUGAUGUGGUCACCACUUUGUUAUAUGGGCAAAACUCCUCCCCUGGUCAGUGAUGAUCUUGCCUCCCAGGUAGGGCAGGUCCAAGAGGGGAGGCCCCGCCCAGGUCAGUAGGACUCCUCCUACUUGGGGAAGACGGUCAGGGAGGAGAGGCCAGCGCACACGACUGAGGAGCCUGUGCAGAUGCGAUGAAAGGGGAGCGUCAAGUCACCGAUGUGUGCACCGGCCUACGGCCUACGCAGCACCCCCAUGCCCGUGUCACUGCUCCGGAUUCAGAUGCACCGGAAAUCUAUGAAUCUGAGGUCAGAGACCUCAGCACAUCAGAGACAGAAGGGCUUUAUUAUUUGUAAGAGAAAGAUUUUCUUCAUUAAACCAAACUGU